AGCCAUGGGUGGGGGUGGGGUAUAUUUUCCCACUGUGCUGUGCUUAUUGCAGAGUUAGGAUUUGCAGGCGAAGGGUGUGGGGGUUGCAAAACUGAGAAUAUAGGCAGAGAAGGCGGGGAUCAGGGAGCCUGGAAUCGAGUGAGGGGUGGGCAGAAGGGUAGCCGAAACUGGAGUGGGGAAAUUUUGUUCUCCGGAAAGCUGGGAUGCUUUUCAGGAUUUCAGGGAUGAAAAUCGGCCCGUUCCGAAAGGGGAGGGUUGUGAAAGUUGCUAUGGCGGCUGCCAGCGUCCGAUACCGAUAAGUUGCAAGUUUGCCGCUAGUGCUGUUUGAUAUAUUGACUAAUAUUUGCGAUCCACGGAAUUGUUCAUUUCGUAAGAAAAUGUAUUCGACGUGAUUUCGGCACGCAGUCAUAUUGCAGCCUCAGUUUUGGAUCUUCGGCAUUUGAUAUGUGUCUACUGAAACUUGAAUAUUUCAAUUCACUCUCAAUUAUCUCCUAGCUACUUAAAGUGAUAAUGGUGGCACAAUGAACUCUGGACUGUGCGCGUGAUGCAGUCCGGGCGGCACGUCAGCUCAGUAUCUGACUUGUACGCUGGUGACGAAAUCUCUGUUCUCCUAGAGGAAAUUCGUGAGUUAGAACCGGCAGCGUGCCGGACCGAGGAUAUCCAAGACUUCGAGAUUGCGGGGAGUCAGACAGGGGCCAGUGGGGGCCGCACCACUGGUAGUCUAGCCGAGCUUGACACGCCAGGCGAUGUUAAGACGGUUUGUUCCUGGGACUCGCACGCCAACUACACGCACCCAGAACAUGAUGGAUCCCCAUCCCCUUCAAUUAUGUCUGAUGUCGUUGUCUAUUUUGAUGACUCUUAUCUCAAAGGAACCAAAGGGUUCAUGAGAAUUUCAUUAGUGUGUACCUCCGUUGCCUGUCUUCUAUGUCUGAUCACAGCAGGCACGGCAAAAGUAAGCCUUUUUAUGCUGCCUAUGAUCGGACGUAUACGGUUGAUGGUCUUCGUUACAAUUUUUAGUUUCCUAGUCGUAUCUUUAGUCUUGUUUCUCGAUGUGUCGCAUAUUGUCCAUCUGUUCCCAUUCAACAUGAGUAAAUUGAAUGCGUUCCUGUAUGUCAGUAUUAGCACACUCUACCUAUUAAGUUCAUCACUUAUUAUUCACCUUUCACACUACUACAAUGAAAACUAUGCUUGGAUACCUGAGUCUACUAUACAUAGGUUAAUAAUAGCAGGGCUUCUUGGUUACCUGUGUGCACUCGAAGCUUUGCUCUUAUCGCUUUUCACGCGCUGUGACGAGGAGCAGUACCAUCCUGUAGGUGAGGACCCCAGUAGUAUAAAUUUACAAGAGCGACACUUCUCUCCCUCCCCUGGUUACUCCUCGCAACAUGGCAACAAGAUGCAUCACACAGAUUCGCAGCCCUGCUCGUCCAAAGCCAUGGACUCUUACCGCAGCAUGAACAACGCAUGAUAGGGACACUUUGCCAAGCAAGUUUCCGUGAUAAUCUCGAGUCUGAGGCUCUUGCCCUAGUUGUACUUGAGGAAUAGAUUGUUCCUAUAUUCCCUCGACUAGUAGUGUCUGUUGGAAGGUAAGUUUCAGUUGUAUAUACUUUUUGCUAAGUUCAAUUUGUACAUAUGCGCAGGCUGCAUGGUUGUCUGUAAGAGGUUGCCACAGAUCCAGAAGUCAGAUGGUUCAUGAAAAGCAUUUUUAUAGGACACUAAUAUUGAAUUUGUCAAUCGGGUAUCAAGUUUUGAACAAACUGUGAAACAGAAUUGAAAUCGAAUUUGGCAAUGAACCCAAUAGAUGAAACAAUUAAAAAUAAAGGUGUGAGUAAAGGUUUUGUAAAAUGGUCUUUUCCUAAUCCAUUAUUGGAUUCUGAAAGUUUAAAGAUCAUUUUGAAGAACUGCCCUCUUGAAGUUUAGAAGGAUGUUCUGUCAACUCAUACUAUUGCUUUUGGUAAGCAGGUUAGUCUUUCUGUCAGAACGUAUGCACUCAGUAGAUUCAGCAGCAACCUAACCUAACUCUCAGCUCCAGUGGAUCUAAUCUUUACAAACAUUUCUCUGAUCUGUGACUCACCGCAGAUUCCCUCUUUCACUCUUAAUAGGAAUUUUAGAGGAAGUGCCACACUGCACAGAUAAAAUAAUUCAAGUCUAAGUGCACAUAUGUGGUGCUCGUGAUAUUUUGGCCAGAAGGUGACAAAUUCUCCUAAUCUAACACGAAGAGCUUGACAUUUUUGCUGCUCUUUCAGUUUAAAAAGAAAGCUCUUUUAUAAAGUUUCUGAGGAAACUUGAUUUCUUUGGUUUUGUACAUAGAGCUUGUCCAAUUUAAGGCUCUAUAAACUUCAAUUAUUUUUAUAACACGUUCACUGCCUUGUCCGUGUUUUGGCCCUGCAUUUAAGUCCCCAGGGUAGUAUCAUACCGUUUUAAUUAUCUUCAAAAAUUAACGUCACAAAAAAAAAGAAAAAAACCAGAAAAUCAACAUUUUGCUCUGCUGCAUUAGGCCUGCAAUGUAUCAGAGCUCAAUAGCAGUUUGGGAGCAGCAAAGGUAGCAAAAGCACAGUUCUGCAGAUUUGAUCAAUGAUUUUUUGGCUAUCAAAAUAGUCGACCCUUGUAUUUUGCACAUGAAUGUAAAGUAGCUUCUGCGAUCUUCGGCAACCUUAUGAAGAGAGGUUCAAAAAAUAUACAUUGUGUCCUCCAAUUGAUGAGAAUUGUUUUCUCGGUUUGUAAGAAUAAUCAUGAACCCUGCUGCAAUGCUCUACAUCGUGCAUUAGGAGCUUGUUCUCUGCAAAUUCUCGCGAUGAACUAUGAAUUGGUCGAAUUUCACUCUUAGUUGUUGAAAAAAUUUUAUCUGCGUUUUUUUUUCUCUGCUUGCAAUAUUUUGCCAAUCAAAGGUAUACCUCCUCUCUAGUCAUAACUUGUUCGCUAAAAUGUACACGUGAAGUUAUUUUUUGCUCUCACAUGGUCGCAUAUUCUCGUUAUUAAAUAUCUCAUGAAUCUCAAUCACCAGUAUUAUAGACGUACACUCUUUUCUGUUCUCACCCUUACUGCCUCUUUGUUGCCAAACUCACUCAUAUAUAAUCAGUUUAUCCUAGCUUUGGAAACGGAAAAUUUAAUCGUUAGAUUUUUAGAGCUUCUCCCAAAAGCCUUGAUUUUAUGAGGGUAUCUGUUCAAUAAUUUUUUUCUUUUAUCGAUCCUCGUUCAAAGAUAGAGCAACGAUUUUGAGACUCAGAAUUUUUUACAAGUGAUGUGCUCUCUGCAUUUCCCUUGCAGUUUUAUGUGGGGAAGAGUUUUUCUCAAGCACCUUCUCAUCUUGACCUCAGUCACAAGUGAAUUAAAAAAAUACACUAAAAAAGUAGCAUAUUAAGUGCUUAUUUGCUUGAGCAUUCGCCAACAUAAUCUAUGAUCUGAAUGCUUGACUUUAUCUCUCGUUCAUAUUUAUUCUGAGUCAAAGCUAUGGGUAAUGUUUAAUCUAAUGCCAGCUAUGCACUGUGAUUUAAGUGCAUAUCGUCAACUAGUUCAAAUCAGAGUUGCCAAUAAAUGCAGUGAACUGAUCAAAAUUUCUCAAAUAUUUUGAUAUUACAACGGUGUUUUGUGCCUGUGUUACUGUUAAUGCCAAAAGCUCUUCAAAUUUUUUGAUUAGUGAAAUAAUAAAGAUACAAAAAAAAUAUAAAUUUGUUUCUCUUUAAAAUUUAAUGUUUCAUAUACCUGAUACUCAGGCUUUGAAUAAGAAGCACCUUAUCUGCGAACAAAGAAGCAUUGCUAUUAGAUAGUGCUGGAAAAUCAGCACUUUUUCCCUAUUCAUCCCAGGCACAAUAUGCACAUUUUUUUGCAUAACCUGGCAACCUUGAUAAAAAGGCAAGCAUUCAAAAUUUCUAGGUGGACAACAUAGUCAAGUUUAAUUCCGAGAGGGUCUAAAAAAUAUCAGAAAUAAAGCAGGAAAAGUUUAAAAAAAUGUAGAUUUUCAAAGGAACAAGAAAUUGUUUUUGGAAAUCCUUAAGGUUUGCUUAAUUUCCCUGAGCCACCAGUUCUUUGAAUACCUUUAACCAUGUCCUUUAGAUUAAUUGAGCCUCAGUAUUCAGCACAUUGUACCUCAGCUAAUGCUGAACCAAGCCCUUGCUUGACAUAAAGAAUUGCUGCUAUCCUGUAGAAGUGAAAACAAUUUUCAUCCUAAUUCACAUUCAAUGCGUUGAAGGUUUAGUUUCACUGAGGACCCUCUCCUAGAUUGUUGUGUUACCCUCUUUUGGAAGGAAAAAUUUGGAGAAAGUACAAAUUCUCUGGAAAUUUGAUCGGAUUUUUUUCCUUUCAACUCUUGAAAAACUUUUAUUUUUAAUUUAAUCACAAUUACAAAUAAUAUUCCGGGAUGAAUACUUUAGUGAGAACAAUGUGGCACAGUUUGAAUGCUAGCACAUUGUUUCUCCUUACCACAGUAGUUAGGAUUAUAGCGGGUGAUUUAAAUGAGCUUUAUCAUCAUUUUAAUCUCUUCCAAAGUUUAAUCUCAAUUCCCAAGUUUUCUGCACCGAAUGGCAACCCUGAUUUUAACAGUACUUCACCUCAAGAACCCCCUGCAUUGCUGUAAUGAAUAAAAAAAUGAGGAUUCUCAUCUUUGAUUAAUUGAUUGUUUUUGUGUGUCACAAGUUCUUUAACCGGAUCCAAUUUUUAUAGGAUAUGUGAACUGUUCAAGAGGUACCAACAAAGAGGUUAGGAAAGACGUUAGUCAUUGUUAAGAAAGCGCCAGGAUAAUUGUUUGUUUCCAUGUAGGUAUGUUGAUUUCUUACUGAGAAAUUUUUUACUACUUGGUGAGUGUCUUGUAAACUACCACUGGGAAUAAGUGUGUUUCAUAAUAACUAUCGCUGUGCCGCUCUUUUAUUUUUAUAUAUGACAUUAUCAGCUCUUAAGUGUAAUUGUUUAUUUUAAUAUGUCCGUCCUGUUAGGAACAAAUUCUUUUAGUCAAAUUUAUCCUUGCCCUUAAUGUUUUAAGGAAAAAAUUCUACUUAAAAACUGGUAAAUCAUUGCAAUUUGGCAAAAGUCUUAACUUGGAAUGCGAUACCAUCGAUAGCAACAUUAAUCCAGUGUCCAGUUAGGUUAAAAACUAGUAUUAGAUUGUCACGAAGAAGAGUUCUCGAAGCACGUAAACGGUAACUCUAUAGAAUUAAGGAAACUAGUCCUGGUUUGAUAUUAACUUACCAGCUGGCAAAUCUCUAUCAAGUGAUUACUUAGCAAGCUACUCACAUAAAACAAAGGACAUUAGAAGAACUAGCAUUACUGAGCUAGGAUAACACAAGUUUUCUAAACCUUGAAAAUAGUUCUGUCUUUAGUUAAUAUUGGAACCGUAGUCGACUAUUUUCUAGUUAUGGGUGUAUCUCUUGGUAAUUUUUAGGAAAAGUAUCUUUCGAACUAUACAAAAGGUCUGACAAGUAGUUUCAGAUAGUCUUCUUUUUCUCUCACCGGUACAAGUUUCUUUUAAGCAAAAGAUCGAAACGAGAGGUUAAAAUUUUUUGAAAACCAAGAGAAAUCUUUCUGAACAUUCCAAAUCAAAUGAUAGCUCAGCCCUCUAAAAAUCCUGAAAUGGGCCGUAUUUCAUCAAGUUUCCAAAGUCUUCUCAGUUCAGCGAAAAAAAGGAAUGUUUUUAGUUUUAAUAGUAAGAGAAAAUGUACAUAUGCCAAAGUUACCAAAAUUUCCUACGUUUUCAACCCUUAGUCCUCUGUUCAAUCUACAACCCUUUACAGUACCUACUGUAAAUAUUCAGAUUCAGCAGCCUGUACACAUGCUUCUUAUAGAUAGAAGGGCAAAGCCCCACAGUCGCCCCAAAUUAUUGAUUGUGUUGAACAAGUUAACUGCCGAUCAGCAAAACUACGAGCUAUAUUUUUGGAAAGGAUUCUGAAAGCUUUUGCACAUUGCUUAAUUCCAUCUUACCGUUGUUUAAGAAUAAUUGUGUAUUUUUUUAAGUGCCGAUAUUCAUGUCAUUGGUACCCUCCCUUGACUCCGUGUAACCGUCUUUUUAAACGAUGAAAUUUAUCAGUAGUGAAAUUUUUAAGAUAUUAAGUGUCCAUUUUUUCUAUUCUCACUAUUCUGCUCUCAAACGUUGGUGCUAGUCAAUGGAAUGAAGAUAUCGAUCUCCCUUUUAUGGUUGCUGCAACUUAUACCUAAGCCUAAAAAUUAAUUGAUGAAGAAAUCGUCGAGUUUCUGAAGUUUAUGUCCAUACAAAUGGACAGUUGUGGCUCAGAACUUCAUCUUCAGGUUGAACUUUAAGCUCCAAAAGUCUCAAGAGUUGUGCCUUCUGUUCGGAGGCUGGGACUUGAAGUGGUGGUCAAAAUCUCCUCCUGGCAUGCAGAAGCAAUUGUUCCGCUACUCAAGGAAAAAAGCAUAUCACUGAAGAAGAUUGAAAUUUUAUGGUAUUGUACUUUUUAAGUUUUGUGCAACUGUUAUAAAUUAAACGUGGUUGUCAAAGAGAAAAGCGAUCUCAAUGCAAAAAAUUCCUUUUCUUUUUGACUGGCACAUGAGAAGUGAUAGAUGUGAUGUGUAAAGAUUUGUCAUCAAUAAUGGGUAAAGUGCCAAAAAGUUGAUUUCAUAGUACGCUCUUCUUUAUUUUUGAAAGUGCUCUAGAAAACAGCACUGACGCUAUCUCUCAGACGUUACACUCGUUACUCUAACAUGUUGAGGGCACUGAGCUCGUAAUACAGUAUGCUUUCCUCGGUGCGUAGAACGAAAUACCAUGGGCAACUCAUUUUUAGAUUUUUUGGCACCUAACAUGUUACCGAUGAUAAGUCUUAAUAUGUUGAAGGUGCUCUCAUAGGAACCUUAAAUAAUUUAUCCAAUAUUUAAAAUGAUAUGACGAAAUUUUAGUAAUGAGGUGUAUUAGUACGUAAAACAUUAAAAUGUUAGUUGAGCCCCUGGGGAAAACUGAAAAAAAUAACAGAUCAUGAAACAAAUAAAAUAAGUAGAUUCAGUAAUUAAAGUAAAUAUCAAUAUUAAUAAUUAUCUCAUAUUACCAUUGUAAUCUAAUAAUACAUAAAUAGCAAUCCUGUUUACUGAGUCUUGUUUCAAGUAUACAGCUUCGUUUCAAGAUUGCAAUAUUAGAGUUCUAACUUUCCAAAUUCAAAUAAUAAAUAAAAAAUAAAAUUAGUAGUUUCAGUCGUCAAUAUGAAAGUAUCUAUUAUAAAAUCGAAUUGAUAGAUCACAACCCUGUAUCCUGAGUCUUGUAUAAAUCAUUUAAUUUUGGUUCAGUUUGCAGUUAAAGCAUGUGAGCAUGCGGAGAAAUAGCUCAAAUCCUAAUGACACAAAACCCUGCUAAAAAAUUAAGGCGCACUGCUCCUCUAACGGCUUUCUCUGAGUCACUGAGUCUGAAUCAUCAAAGCCGCAUCUCUCUUCAUUGACAGAAUGAAUCCGCUCAGUUUAAUGUGAUGAAACCCGAGCAUAAUUAGACCCGCUAUAAAUUUUUUACUGCUUCAAUAUUUUCCUCCGUGAAUUAAUACACUAUCAUUCUUAGAACUGGAUUGGUCCCAUGCAAAUCUCUUAAGUCGUAUUUUUCUGUCCGCGGUGAUAGAGGUAACUCAUCACGGUUCCUCUCAUAAAAUAUAUUCAUUCAAAUGAUCGUCCCAGGGUCAAAAUAUCAUUAUCUUAAUUACCCUAUUGGUAGCUAAACUUAAAACCAAACACUUUAACCAUAAUGUUUUAAAAGUUCCAUUUCUUUUUUCCUCUUUUUGAAGAGAAAAGAUCAGGGAAAAGCGUUUAUCAAACAAUAUCAUAGUUUUCAUGAGACUAGUUUAAAAACACUAUCUACGACAAUCAAAUUCUAUCAUCCUAUCUUUAGCGACCUACGUUGUUGAUCCGCAUCCGUUUUAUACUUUUCCGCCAUCCAGCUGAUUUUAAGCAAGCUGUCAAAGCGCAGGAAGUGUCUUACAUAGCUGUGUUAAAUAAUUGUUUUCCCGUCCAGGUUCUCUGGAAUUGUCUCCAGAAUUUGUGUCUUUUCUAAUCGAGAGCUGGCAAAGUUUGACCACAGUGAAUUGAUCAUCCCCAAAUAUCCUGUGUAUCAGAAAAGGAAUACUCUUUUUUAAAAACACCAACAUCAAUUUAUUAUUAACCUCAUCCUUUCUUAAUAUCUUGUUCAAGCAAGUGAGACAUUAUCUAUUUUUCCUUUUCAAAGUCAGAAUAAACCUGUCUUACCCUCUUUUUUACAUAGAUAAUUAUGUACUCAUAGUAAUCAUUUAUUUUGCAUAAACUAACUAUUGAAACAAGGAGUUUUAGUGUUUAAGAGCCUUAGAAUGGACGUUCACAUCUUUAAUUUGAAAAUUGUUUCGUUUUCGUUAUUUUUUUUAAAAAAAAAUUGCUAAGUUCACUCCCUAAGCUAAGGUAUAACUUCAAAUCUUAACUUUUAAAAAUAAAAUGUAGAAAGCAUGUCUGAAGAGGCUUAUUAGUGUAUUUUUGUCGGAUGAGUUUGUGAUCUAUUCUCUGCGGUGAAACCCUGUUGAGGCACUCCGAAGUAUCAAUGAUAGAAUGAUUUAAAUGCAAACCUAUCAGAAUGUGCAUUCUAUACAUUAUGUACCAACUUUAAAAGCGGUUCUGUCUUGUCUUUUUGUUCCGCUGAUUUCAGAUCGAUUAUAUGUAUUGAUUAAAAUAAAAAAUAUUCCAAGAUAUUUUUGUUUUGUGCAAUGAGAAUGAAAAAUGCCCUUCAAAAUCGGUAUUCUUAUCAGAUAAUAAUCCGCCGCAGCUCAAAUUAGAAGUUCUUUUAGUGGAAUAUUUCAGAAUGUGUAAACCAAUCUUUUGUUUGAAUUUUAUCAGCUCAGUAUAUAGUUUGGAGCUCUAAACCCAAGAUUAACCUUUAAUUUGAAUUUAAUUGUAAUUUAUUUUGGAUUUGGGGAAGUUUUGACCUUUGCCCUCGAUAUCAAUUCACUUGAUUUUUUUCAGCUGCAAACCGUCCCUUGCUAUUCUAACAAUAAUUAUCGCACAACUAUUUUUGAUAUCCAUCAGUAUUGUUAUAUGUUCUUUUCCCUCUUUGGGAUACUUGCUGGUUCCAUCUGUCCAAUGUAUGAUCUGAUAUAACGCUAUGCACUGUACAUUUUCCGUAUACCCGUAACUUUAAGGAGGUACUAAUCGUUACUCAAUUCUCGAAACUGUCAGCACAACUUAAUUUUUACAGUUACCAAUCUUUUUUACCAAUCUGUGUUUUAAAAAAUUGACCACCCUCGUUUAUCCCAUUCAAUUUGUCAAACCACGGUGCCUGGAACCAAGAAUAACCGACAAAUACCAGCAUUCAUCAGGGAAAAAACUUUCCAGAGAAAACCAUAGAAUUCAACUGAAAAUUUGUGUCGAAACCCAAAUUUUGUCUUUUCUCUUUGAUCCGAAACUAUAUCAUGGUUCCUCCAACUUUGUCAAGUGCUUGAUUUGGAAAAAAAUUAUGGCCUUGAAAGUGCUUGACUUUUUGAAAGGGGGUUGAAAAGUGCUUGAAUUUUAUUCUUCACUAAUGAUUGUCGGCAAUUAAUUCUCUCUGGUAAUAAAAUAACAGAAAAUUUUACAUUAAAUAGAUUGCAUUGAUCGACAUCUUACUUACAGAAGAAUUUGUGAUCUUACUUUCAAGCAAACUAGAAAUUGCUGACGCAAACUCCUGAUGUAAGGAAACAAGGGAGCGAAAAUAUAAAAUUGUGUGUUUAAGAAAAAAAAUUCGGAAAAUACGUUGAAAAGUACUUGAUUUUCUAUGCUCAACGCUGCAAGAACUAUGUAUAUUGUUUAUGAAUCAGGCCACCUGACUACCUGUGUUGUCUGAGCGUUAAAAAAUUAGCUGAAAUAUUUAAAAAAUCAAUAUCUUCAACCUCUUGAAAAAACACUAAUUUGUUUCAGGAGAAAGUGUGGAAAAGCAGUUGAAAACCGUGAUGUAUUUCUGGAAACUUCCUCCUGAAAAUCCAAGAGCAUCAGAAAAUGAAAAAAAAAAAAAUGAAUAUUAAAAAAAUCCAGGCACCGUGCAUCAACUCCAUAAAAAUCUGAAGAUAAUUAAUUAAAAUUAGGUACUGGUUUGUAGAAUGAAACCAUCGAAAAUGCAAAUGUAAGUUCAAAAAUACGUUAAUGACAUUUUUGAGCAUUAGUUAAUCCGUCCCUAAAGAGAGACAGUGGAAAUAUUGUGCAGAGACUUUCUGAAGAAGCAUCUUUCAAAUUAUGUUUUUCUUACUUUUGUCUGUAAAUGUAUUCAGACAUGCAUGAUACAUGUAUCAUUGAAUAUGGAGGUCCUGGAACGAGUGGCAGAUUUUCCUAAUGAAGAACUUCAAUCCCUGUGAAGAAAGUAAUCCCCCAAGCCGAGACAUGUCUGGAAAGGUCCCUGAAAGUACUCUUCCUUUUGAAUCAUAUGUACAUCGUAAAUUUUUCUUGAGCUAUUGAUAUGACAAAGGUUUUACUUGUGGUUUCAAAGCUUUAGAAAACUUGAAAGGAUGAGAAAAGAAAAUUGACCCAUUUUCUAUGUAUUCCAGUAGGUACUCACAGGUUAUCAAAGUUCAAUUAGUUGAAUCUCAUGUUUUCCACCUCAACCUUCAUUAAAUUGACUUCACUUCGAACUGUCUGUUCUUUGAGUGAGAAAUACAGCGCACUUCUCAUUACUGUCGAAACAAGUCGGAAUUUCAUGGUGCUUUUACAUUCUCGUAGAAGUCAUGAAUAUGUGUUCAAGAUUUCGAAAAUGCCAAAAUAGCUUGUAAGAAUUAAAACUGUUAGCUCCGUUUCUCAUUUCCUUCCCUCCACUUCCUCUCUUACAAAGUCGGUUUGCAUUAUUCUUAAAACUGUGCAAUCUCUUUUCUCUUUCAAGAACACAUGUGAAUUUGAACAGCUCUUACCAGGACACCCAAAAAGUGUCAGUUAUAGAACAUGUAAACAUCAUAUUUUCAUCUGCUGUUAGUUACCUAUGUUGUAAAAAAAAGUGCACAAUUAUUUCAACGUUGUAAUGCUCCUAGUCAAUCCCCUUUCACAAAAUUCAAUUCAAUCGAUCUCCAUUAUUUAUGCCUGCAACUGGGUUGUAACUACCCUCUGUGCAAUCAAAGAACUCUGUUGAACAAUUUCCUCCUCAGUUCUAAUGCUAUGUAAAGUAUUUUUCGAGGUCAGAGAACUGUCUGGCGCUUUUACAUAGUCCAGAGUACUGAAUUGCCUGCAGGCCGAUUUUUCAAAUUGAUA